GAUGCACCCUAUAUAACGUCCAAAAGCUCCAUGUUAAUUCUUACAGAAAUCUAAAACGCAUUCCAGUCUCCUAUUAAAGACCUUCUGAUCUCUCCCUUCUCCAUAACAUUCACAACAAUGUCGAAAAUCGUCAGAGUACUCUUCAUGGUGGUCGUUUCCAUGGCCAUAACCAUCGUCCUCAUCACUAUUGCCUCUAUCGGUGACAACCACAAAACCUCACUUCCCGGCAAAUCACUGCACGUGAAACCGUUUCCGAAAAGGGUAAGUCGUUUCCUAGCUGAAAACAACCCUAGAGCUGCAGACCACUGCAAGAAAGAUGAUGAGAUUUGCUACAUCUUAGAAGGCAAAAACUCGACUUGCUGCAACAAGAAGUGUAUGGACAUGACCGAGGACAAACACAACUGUGGAGCAUGCAAGAACAAGUGCAAGUUUACCAGCUCGUGUUGCGGAGGAGAGUGCGUGAACUUGGCUUAUGACAAGCGGCAUUGUGGGUCGUGUGGUAACAAGUGCAUGCCGGGUGGUUAUUGCAUAUAUGGACUCUGCAAUUACGCCUAA